GAACCGAUACCAGUCCUUCGAUCUCGCCAUCAUGCCAUGGAGCCGCCAGUCCUCCCACGUCUCCUGUUCCACCCGGAGCUCCCAGAGUUCUCUGCCCGGUGGGCCGCAAGGGGUGCAUGCAGAAAAUGACGGACUCUUCUUUCUUUGGCAAACCUCUUCGUCCGCUCCCGAUGAUCUGGCGCAGAGCGGGGUGGCACCAGAACUACCCAGAUUGAAAGGUCGAUUACAUCUGCCCAGUGCCCAUGGAGCCCAGAGCAUAAUCAAGUUGCUCUCACUGGAUAGGCAGAAAGAACUGGCGGGGCACGAUGCAGCAGCCUAUGUGGAAGAGUUCAAGGAGUGCUGUCGUCAAAAAUACACAACCCUUGUCCGAUGUUGGCGUAUGCUUCUGGACCCUGCGUGCAGCGGACGUGUUUCCUUUGUGCCCUUCUGCAGUGCUGCAAGAUCCAUGGGCUUCUCGCAUAUUUCCACGCUUUGGAAACAGCUCGAUUUCGAGCAUAGCGGCUUCAUCACCUUGGAAAAUUGGGAUCCGUCUUGCUACCAUACCAUCAUGAAGUUUCGAGGGGCCUGUCUCAAUCGCUAUAGCAGUUUGCCAGAAGCUUUCCAGUGCGGCAUGGACAAAGUUGGUUGUGGCAUGUGCCCGAAGAAAGACUUCAAGAAGUAUUUGGAGGAGAUAGACUUCCAUGGACACAAGUCCGCUUUGUGGGCAGCCCUUGAUGUGAAGCAAGAUGGGUACAUUACUGUGGCCGAAUUGGACAUUCUGAAAUGUCAAGGUGAGCAUUUUCAUUCCGAGGUGGAACAUCGCGACCAUUGCUUUCGACAUAGGCAUUGUCGUGAACCCUGUUCUGAAG